UCAAAACCACAUAAUAUAUAUAUUUAGCAAAAGCAUACAUUUUUCAGAAAUUUGUGGAAAUAAAUUAAUUUGAUGCACCUGACUGUCUUGUUUUAUCUGUAAAAUGUAUUAUACAUUAUGAAGAAAUUUAAUUGGUCUUUUGCAUGUGUAGAAAAAAGUAUGAAUGGCUUACCAUGACCCUUCAUCAUGAAGAGUAUUUCUGGAGUAGCACAGAAUACCCAGAAGGAUUUGUUCUUGUUGCCACUUGCUCCAUGCUUAAAGAAAUGUUCUUUCGCUAUGUGUUACCAAUAGCUCGUCGAAUACUACCCUUAAAAAAUGAUUCACAUUUAAAAAGACAACGAAUAAAGUUUGAUACAAAUCGUAAAUACAUCGCAACGCACAUCAAAUCUGUUUAUGAGAAGGUAAAAGUUUUUGUUGUAAGUGAUGUGCAGUUGUGCAAUGAGUUGCUACAGAAACGAAUGGUAGGUGAAAAUAAGGUCAAUUUUAUUGGACUUGACUGUGAAUGGGACUCAUCUAAAAAGAAUGGGGUUGCUCUAAUUCAAAUCUCCUGUGGAAAUGACUGUUUGCUUUAUCAGUUAUCAAAUGCUAAUGGAGCCAUACCAGAUAGCCUCAGGAAGCUGUUAGAAGAUCGCAAAAUUUUAAAGUUUGGAGUGGCUAUACAGGAAGAUGUUAGAAGAUUACUGUACCAUGGCGUAAAUGUCCAUGGUUUUGUUGAUCUUCGCAACUUGGCACAAAGGUGCUUACCUGUUCAGGAAGAUAUAGUGCUUCAUGACAGUGAUGACCCCUACCAGUGGACAAGUCUUCGAUCACUCUCAGCCAAUGCAUUGAACAUUAAAUUAAACAAAAAUUACCACAUCCGAUGCGGCGAUUGGGAAGCGGCAUCUUUAUCGAAUCAGCAAGUGUUGUAUGCUGCAAAAGAUGCCAUUGUUUCUCUGGAAAUAUUCUACGCACUUGUACUCCUACGGAAAGUUACUCGACAAAAUGUUUCCGUGCUGCCGCACUCUUUCAGUACGAAGACGGAAACCAUUAAAACAUGGGCAGGCGGAGACUCAUGGGAAAAGCUAAUAUUAAAUUUGUACUGCUACUGUCACUCAAGCGAUCAAUUAACCGAACUUAACCCAAUUCUCCCUAAGAAUUACCAUGUCACAAAGCCAUCUGAUUGGUUAAUUGAACUCGCCUAUUCCUUAUGUCAAGGCAUAGUAGACACCAAUCACAAAUACCGACCACCUGUUAAUGCCAAAGGAAAACUCGGCAUGUCAUCGCGGGCAAUGUCAACUAAGGCUGGAGUUCAAAAGGUUUCCAAACAUCAGUGCCGUGGUAAACCGCUGUACGAAAAUUGCUUUUUGUUGGGACCUGAUAAAAAGGUGCUGGCUACGGUAAACGAAUCCAAAGCACGCUGGUACCUUCACAAAGGACUAGGGGAAAUCGAGUGCGAAUCUCCCUUCACAGUAAGGUUGCUGUUUGAGCCGUCUGGCCGACCGAUGCCCGACGCUGACUACUACACGACGGUGAAAGAAAACGUAUGUGUCGUGUGUGGAUCUACCGACAGUUUUGUGCGCAAGAUGAUCGUCCCGCACGACUACAGGAAAUACUUUCCGCAAGAUUUUAAAGAUCACAUGUCGCAUGAUGUUCUAUUGAUGUGUUUGGAUUGCCAUAGAAUGGCGCAACAAUCUGACGAACAAAUGCGACAAGAACUGGCCGAAAGAUACGACGCUCCUAUGGGCACAAAGGAGCGCAUGAUGUACGUGGAUAAUCCACAGUUGGCUAAAGUGAGAUCUGCCGCGAAAGCUCUCCUACACAGUGGCUCUAAAAUACCCGUGAUGAGAAGAAAUGAAUUAGAGGAGGUUGUUAGAAGCUACCAUAAUGUGAACGUAUUAUCCGAAGAUUUGCUUAAGAAAACUGUUGAGAUUAACGUUAAAGUUGAAAAUCGCAAUUUUCAAGGGCUUCACGGCGAGAGAGUCGUCCGAAGUGUUAUCUCAGAGGGGGAAUUACCAGAGUUUGUACGCUUGUGGAGGAGACACUUUUUAGAAUACAUGCAACCAAAGUAUUUACCAGCCAUGUGGUCAAUCGAUCAUAAUCUUCAUAAAAUCCAAUCGCAGAAUUCUAUGAUUGAAACAACGAAAAGUGAAGCUAAGUCUGGUGUAGUGUUAUAAUUUUUUUUUUUUUUUUUUUUAAAUAUUGGUUUAUAUAUUUUAUAUUUUUUCUGAAGUUUAUAUUUACAUAAUCAGAUAUCCGAAA